AUGGCAGAAUCAUCGCAAUCCAAUGCCACUGAGCCACAGGCCAGAAACGUCGAGUAUUGUGGUGAAGCUCUCAGUUCUAACCUCUCAAGCCUUUCCGUAUCUGUCCGGGAGCGUUCAGCAAAAGAUGCCGCGAAGAAGGAGGCAAAAGCUGCUUUGGCAGAAGCACGCGAUGCAGAGAGGAAGGCGGCCUCGAAGGUCCAGAUUAAACGUGUUGAACGUAACAGACGAAAGCAUGUCAGUGUAAUCACGGGCCUAGAAGUAUAUGGUCUAGAAAACAAGAAGGUGGCCAAGGAGCUGGGUAAGAAAUUUGCAACUGGCUCUUCGGUGACCAAGUCUGCUGCGGGGACCGAAGAAAUUACAGUGCAGGGUGAUGUGAGUGAUGAUGUCAAGGAUUGGCUGUUAGAGAUGUAUGAGAAGGAAAUUCCGGAGGCAAAUAUUGAGAUUGUUGAAGACAAAAAAAAGAAGGGAGGAGGUUGA